UAAAUUCCAAUGUAGCAGUGAUUGUAUGAGUUUGUUUAUCUAUUUCGUGCAAUCCAUUCUUUUAAAUCAAUAUUUUGAUAUUUGUUUUAUUGUGGCUAUAUGCUUAAAAGUAAAAAGGCAACAAAAUUAAAUUACUGUUGUGAAAUAAACCACUUAUAAACUAUGGAAGACGAUUGGAAUAUUGAAUGUUCAGAUGACGAACUAAAAGAUUCUAAAGGUCCUUGGGAACCUAAUCCCGAAGAAAUUGAUAGAUUAUAUACAAUGUUGGAAAACGGAGAAAUGCAAGAGUUAAUUUGGAAGUGUCCUGGUUAUCGUUCACCUUCUCCCGAAGCAACCGAAGAACCAGACCAGGAAGAUGAUAAUAAAGAAUCUGAAGAACCAACAGAUUUCGAUUUUAUGGAUGAAGUUUCAUCGCCAAAAUUGAAAAUUAGAAACAAAGGCGAAGAAACGCUUAAAGGGAGUGCGAAAAAGAAGACGACGUCUUUAGAUAGUGUUUUAAAUAACAUGCGGAGACAUAAUUUAUUACCUAAUAAAGCUAAAAAUUGAAUUUA